AUGGACCAGGGCGAGCAAUCUCACCAGGAAGUGGCAGAGGAGCUCCUCAACCUGGAUCCUGUUGCCCAAGCAAGGCUGAAGCGUGUCGGAGAGGCGGCAGCCCUUGUGGCCAGCUUGCAGGCUCAGCAGGCAGCUCUUGAGAAGGAGAUUGCACAGGCAGCACAGGCCUCAGCGGAUGAGGCACGUCGAUUGGAGGCCGAUCAGGCGCAGCGAGCUUCAGAGAGGGGGGCAGAGGCAGACGUCCUGGAUGCAAAAAGGGCACUGCUUGAGGCUCAGCAGGAGCUUCAGAGCGCCAAAAGGGAGCGAGACGCACUCCUGACCAGCAGCAGCCAGGAUCUGGAGCGGUUGGAGUCUGCAAAGGCGGGAGCAGUGGCGGCAAUGGGGGGCCUGCUGGCCGCACUGCCCUACCUGGCGGUGCAUGGGCAGAACCAGGCCAGCGCGGCGCUGUCGGCUGCGCAGGUGGUGGCCUCGUGCCUGCUCUUCGGCGUCACCUACCGCUAUGUGCAGUCGGCGGCUGCGAACAACCCGCACCUCAAGGGCGGCUCCGUGGCUGCCUUUGGCCUGGUGCGAGGGCUGGCGUAUGCGGAUGCAGCGCAGGUGGCUGCAAGCUCAGCCGGAGGCAGCCCUGUGGAUGUAGCUGUGUUCGGCUCUUCUGCGCUGGCUGCUGGGGAGAGCAUGCUCACCUUUGCCUUUGCGGCGGCUGCUGUGGAGGCCGCUGCCAGGUUGAAGAUUGUUCGGCCCUUUGGAUUUGCUCUUCUUGAAGACAAGGAGCAGUGA